AUGUCAGAAUCAAAGACUGCCCCAUCACCGGCGGUCGACGUCCAAGAGCCUGCGCCCGCGUAUGAGAGAGAGUCGCCGCCACUCGGGACCACGGUGCAGGGCAACGGUCCCGCCCCUGCCAGAGAGAUGCCGGCAAAUUUGGUGCAGCUCGAACAACCCGCAACGCCUCUAGCCGCUCAGCAACAGGGCGGUCCGACAAUCACCCCUCUCGCCAACCCACUGACCGUUACGCCAUUGCAUAUGCUCGGCGACGGGCCGCAAUGGAUCGACUGUCCCUUCUGCAACCAGAGGACUCAGACAGUCAUCACCAAGGAAGGAACCGCCAUGCAAAUGGUUGCUGGUGCUCUAUGCUGCCUCUUCUGCGUCUGCCUCGCCUGCGUCCCCUGCAUCGCAGGAUGGUGUGAGAACAUGCACUACUCCUGCGCACGCUGCAAGAACAGAGUUGCCACGCGGCCGUACGACGGUACGAUCCAAGUCUUUUCGCCGCAGGUUGGCGGUGGGGACGUGCCGACGAAGUAUGCGACGGUUGCCCCGCCGGUUGCAGAAAAGCAACAGAGUGCUUGA